UCGGAACUCCUGCUUUGUUAAUUUGUGUACACUUGCAGAUAUCAAAGGCUGUUACGCUUGUUCAGUAUUUCUCCACAUACUGGUUUGGAUUUUCAUGCUUUAGUUUUUUUCCAGUUUUUAAAUCUGUACAAUGUUGGAUGUUCUCAUCAUCGGUGCAGGACCACAUGCUUUAACCCUAGCAUCCCUCUUAAGGCACCCCAACUUUUCAAACAGCGCUAAUGAUUCACACAUCCUAGAUGGGAUUUUCCUAAGUAAGACUAGGAUGAAAAAUGGAAAGUCAAGGACAAAGGGCAAAAAUGAAAUGACAAAACUAAUUGAACAAGCUGAUAAUCUCCUGAAGCAAGUGGAUACUCCUGAAAGCCCUCCUCUAUCUGUAAAAGUAGUUGAUCCCUAUGGUGAAUGGGUGACACUGUGGCAAAAGCAGUUUAAUGCCUUGAGAAUCCCGCAUCUCCGUUCCCAUACGCUUGUCCACACGGAUCCUUUCAACAAGAAAGCCCUACAGGAAUUUGCAGUGAAGCAUGAACGCACCGAAGAGCUCCACAGCUUGCCUGAACACAUUUAUAUUCAAGAUGAAAAUGCCUUCUUUAAUGAUAGCAGGCUGGGCAAGAAGGAAAAGAAGAAACUUUCAGCCAGUGGCGCUCUGAAACAAAGCCUGUAUUUUAGCCUUCCAAGUUCAGGACUUGUUAUGGACUUUUUCCAGCAGCAGAUCCACAGGUACCACUUGGAAAGCAUAUUGAUAAAAGGCACAGUGGAAAGAAUAAUUCCUAUUUUAGCUGUCCACAAUGACCAAAUACCAAGUAAAAAUGAACGGAAAUCAGUGCAGCACUUUAACAUAGUGCUUCAGAAUGGUGAUGUGAUUGCAGCACGGCAAGUGGUCUUAGCCACAGGGCCUACAAGAAUUCAAAUGGCAAACAUUCCCUCUUGGGUUAAAUCAAUCCAUGAAAGUUAUCCUGAAGAACGGCUUCAACACACAGUGCAGUUAAUUCAUUAUCAAGAUGGCAAACAAGUUUCAGCUUCUGUCUGCAAUUCUGGAGAAAGGGUCCUAGUUGUUGGAGGUGGGCUAACAAGCGCCCAUAUCAUAUUAUUUGCCUUUCAACAAGGUGCUAGACAUGUUCACUGGGUACUGAGGAAACAUUUACAGCUGAAGCAGUUUGAUGUUGGCGACAUUGAAACUCUUGUUGGGCGCUACUCUCACGUUGAACAUGGUAUUAAGCUGGAUGGGCUGGCAUAUCUGAGACAAUUCUACAAUGAGAGGAGCCUACAUAAGCGUCUAGCCAUGAUACGUCAAGCACGGAAAGGAGGUGCAGUAACGCCUGAAGCUUACAAACAGAUGCAGGAGUUUAUUAUCAGUGGUGACCUCAUGAUUAAAACCUACAGCCAGGUGUCUGAAGCUAAAUGGUCUUAUAAAGAUCAGGAAUGGAAGAUUCUUUUAAGUACAGGAGAAAGUCUUAAUAUUGACAGAAUCUGGCUGGCUACUGGCUGCAAGUUAGAUGUUUCACAGGACCCAUUGCUUACUGAUAUCACUGAAGAGUUUCCCAUUCAGGUUCUUGAUGGCUGGCCCUGCCUUUCAGAAAAUCUCCAAUGGGCUCCUGGCUGUAAUUUUUAUUUAAUGGGACAGUAUGCAGCUUUGCAGAUUGGACCUCAUGCAGUUAAUCUAGCUGGAGGACAAGCAGCAAGUGCUCGGAUUGCAAAGGCUAUUUUUAAUAAAUACAGGGAUUUAGAUGAUUGUCAGCCAUUUGAAAAAGGUGAAACUGAGGAAUAUCUUCUGCAGAUGCAUGGGCUCAUGUGGCUUUAACUGCUUACUCUGCAGAAAUCCAACUACUGCAUCUAAUCACUGAUGCAUUUCAUGUACAUGCUUAAUCUGAAGCUAAUCCAAGAUGGAAAAAUAUCUUAUUACAGGAGAAUCCAUCCAGAAACUCGUACUCACACAUAUUGUAUCAAUUUAAUGAUGCCAGUCAACAUAAUCUGCACAUUUUUGGAUGUGGAAGGACACUGGAAUACUGGAAAACUCACAUAAACAUGGUUGGAAUUACCUGAAACCACAUAGAUAGUGGCCCGGUUGAGCAUCAAAACACAACCACAGUGACAUUGUGCCACUGCUGUCAAAACAUUACUGGAAGCUAGUCUCACAUUCAUAUUAGUUGACAAAAGAGUUUCAAUGAGAAAUAAAAAAUGGUGAAAUUCAACAAAUUGCUUAAUUUUAA